GGGCGGGCGAGCGCGAAGCUGACAGUUGGGCAGGAUGUCGGCGAGGAGGCGCAUCGGGGACCCGGAGCAGUUUUUGACCAAAAGGAUCCCACAGAAUCCUAAAUACCAGCAUGUAAAAACUCGCCUUGACACCGGUAGCAGUAUGACCAAAUACACUGAAAAACUGGAAGAGAUCAAGAGAAACUACAGAUACAAGAAAGAUGAGCUCUUCAAGAGACUAAAAGUGACUACCUUUGCCCAGCUGGUGAUUCAGGUUGCCUCUCUGUCAGAUGGAAACUUGAAAGGGCCACCUGAAGAAAGCCAAAAGCUUGAUGAAGGCGAUGCUGCUCCUGUCGAGACCAACCCCGAGGUGGCAGAGACCAACGGCAAAAGCAGCCCCGAGGAGAAGCCGGCCAGUCCCAUCCUGUUCAUAGACAGCUCCGGAGCCGGGGAGUCAUAUCGCUCCACCUUGCAGAGCGUCAUCAGUGGGGUUGGCGAGCUGGACCUGGGGAAAGAGGACCCAAAGAAGACAGAGGCGGUUCCAGACAACGGACCGUACCCCGACUGCCCCUACCUGCUGCUCGACGUGCGAGAGCGAGACGCAUAUGACCAGUGCCACCUUGUAGGAGCUUACUCCUAUCCCAUUGCUACUCUGUCCCGAACGAUGAAUCCCUACACAAACAGCAUUUUGGAAUAUAAAAAUGCUCAUGGGAAGAUUAUCAUCCUCUAUGACGACGACGAGAGGGUGGCCAGCCAAGCAGCCACCACCAUGUGCGAGAGGGGCUUCGAGAAUCUGUUCAUGCUUUCUGGAGGUCUCCGAGUCGUUGCUCAGAAGAUCCCUGAAGGCCUGGUGACUGGCUCCUUUCCCGCCUCUUGCCUGAUGGCCAGUCAGCAGCCCGGGAGUGCCCGGAAAAAAGCCACCCCCCGGCAGCCGCCCCCCCCGCCCGCCGAGAACAAGUGGAGAUUUACAGCAGAGGAUCUACAAAAGAUACAGUACUACCUAGAAGAGGAGCAGCUCCCCAGCGAUCCUGCCAGCCGCCUCGCCCGCGGAUCUUCAGCACGGGACUGCAAAGCUGUUGCCGUGAAGAGCAGCCAGAACCUCCCCGGUGCCGCGCUGGCCCUGACCACCCGCUCCCUCAGCAGCAGCAGCCUGCAGAGCCGGCCCUGGCGGUAGCCAGCGCCUUUUCCAUGAAUAAAAGAGAGCCCGUUUCCUGGGCCCUUUGACCAGA